AUGGUAGCACCUGGUAUCCGUCAGAUGAUAUGGAUACUAGUUGUCUUUCUGGUCAUCGACAAUGUGCGAUGCCAGAAUGGAUACUCCGAUCAGAACAGUAUACACUUAAAGAAUAUAUCACCAAAUGAAGGAGAGGUUGAAACAAACUCAAAUUAUAGCACUAAUUUUGUUCAAAAUGAGCCCAAGGCCCUAUCUAUUAGUUCUGGUAACGCCCCAUAUCAAAUGGUCGAUAAUGAUAACAAAUUUUCUGACUACGAUCGAGCAGACAGGACUAGAACUAGAAAGAUUUAUCGAAUAAAGAACCCAUUUCAUCAUCUAGAUGAAGAAGAAAGUCGACAAAAGGGAAAUAUUGAUUUACAGGACAGUGAAACAGGAGCUAGUAACCAAUAUGCGGGAAUGCAAUACUCAUUGCCACCUGAAGAAUUCCUUCAACAGAUGAGAGCAGAAAGUCAAUACAAUCAACAACAGCAAUCGCAACUGCAGCAUCAUGAAAUAUCUACCCCAUCUCCUACAUUUGGAUAUACCGCAACACCUCAACCGCUGUACCAAUACUCCACCGUUUCCUCAAAUUAUAACAAUAACAACGGAAACCAACAAAAUAAUUUAGUAUCACAAUCAGAACCUAAAUAUCCUCCUCAAUUCUAUAAUAAUAAUAAUUUAAAUAGUUAUCAAUAUCAUAACGCUCACUCUUUUGGUAUAGAGGCAAUACAGAGCACACCCUCAUCGGUAACAUUAUACUUGUCUACAAGCUCACCCAAUAAUCAAUACAUUGCUACUCCAUCUAGUAAUUAUGUUUCAAGUUCUUUGCCAAUAUUUUCAUCCAGUCCUGCAAAUCCGCAAUCAUACAUGUCUACUACGUUAUCAAACGUCCUAACUGGAUCACACACCCACAAUAAUGUUAAUAGACAUCCUUUAAGUGCAGAAAGAGAUGUAUUUAAUUAUGGAACAAAUUACAGAGACGGAAAUCAAAAUUUUUAUGUAAAUCAUUUUGACAACUCUGCUAACGGAGUGAAAUUUCCGAAUACUCAGCAACAAUAUCAGAACGAAAUGCCAUCUUCAACUCAGACACCAGUAUCGUCCAUGUAUCCUGAUAUUAUCCACGAUAAUUGGCAAAACUCUAUGCAUUUAAGUAUAAAUAAUUUGCCAAAUUCAAGAUCUGAAUACACGCAGACAUCACAACAAAACUUACAGGGCAAUUAUCAAGAAAAACAGCAAAAUUACAAUUUAGAUAAUCUUAGUAGUGAUAUGAACCAAAUUGGUAGUAUGCCAUCAGCAAAUAAUGUUGUUUUAAGCGUUGUUCAUCCUGAUUACAAAACUCACUCUGAUCCUAAGAACCGUGAAAAAGUAAUAGAACAACAAAACAAGCAAGAAGAUGUUUACUCUCACGGUGAUUAUGGGUGGAAACUGGAAGGCAGAAAGCCUUUAGUAAAUUAUGACGUUAAUUUACCAAUAAACUAUGGUAAUCAACAAAACAACUAUCAAUCUGAUGGUAGUUCCUUAAGUUUUCCUUAUCGUCAAAUUGACAAUGGCAAAAAUAAUGACUUUGAACAAAAAUCAAAAUACAAAAUUGAAACCGCAGAUACGCAAGAAUUUGCAAAAGCAGCUGCAAAAGCUCAAGAAAACAUGAAAAGCCAACAAGAAACUUAUUUAAAUAAUUAUAUUUUACAAACACGGUAUCCUCAAAAUAUUUUGACAAAUGCUGAAACGGGUAAUUUCAUGAUUACAAACAAUAACCAAAAGAGCUUGACAAAUGACAAAACAAAUUUGAAUGGACAGGCUGAUCUGAUGACGCAAUCAUCUCACUACUAUCAAAAUUCUAGGGAAAACAUAUUUGACAAUAAAGUAAAACAACCGUUUGAUCAAGAAAAUGAUUUACAAAAUUUUGUCAAAGUCGGUGGUGCUAAUACCAUUCCAAAUGUUGAAGCAAGACAACAAGAUGGCAGCGUAAUUGAUGCAAACAAUAAAUAUUUUUCGAACUUCAGUAAAGAUAUUAAUGACAAUUUAAGACAAUUUUUAAAACCGUUUUCCGAUACUUAUAACAUAAAAAACAAAGAAGUUUUUUCACCAGACAACUCAAGACAGUUAGAACCGAAUUACGAAAAUCUUAAAAAGUAUGAAUUAUUGUCCAAUUCUAACAGUCAGGCUUAUAAACCACAUGCUGACAUAAAUUUGUCGCUCUUUAACGGUUUAGGUCAAUCGAUUUCAGGUACACAACCUGUAACCAACAUACAGCAACAACGCUCCCAAAAUCAAGGAUCAUCCGAUAGUACCAACAGCUUGAAGAUAAAUGACAUUCCAUAUUGGUUACAAGGUAUGAAAAAUAUGCAUUUUUCGCAGUUACAAGCCGGUGUCAACCAAGGCAUUAUUCCUACAGGUACACCUUUAUUACUAAAUCAAAAUAUUGAAUCUCACCAGAUAGAUGUUGCCGCAAGUAUUCUUAACAAAUUAUUACGAGACAAACAAAUUGAAAUGAAUUCUAAUCAUGAAUAUGACCCUCAAAGACAAACAUUACUGUCGACUAUAAAUGGAAUUAAAAUGAUGAAUCCUAACAAUCUGGAUUUGUCAAUGGUGAACGAAGUCUUAAAAGGAAAAACAAGUGACGUAAGCCCAUCUUUUCGCAAUCAAUAUAAUCAGCCGAAUCCAGUAAAAUGGGAUAUGUCACAAUUAAAACAACUUCUGUUACAAAAUGACAAUACAGGUCAAUAUACAGUUUUAAGUAACGUCUUAGGCGGCCCUGGUAGUCCUUUUUUUGAAUUACAUACCGGUAACCGCCUUCCAUAUCAAGGCGUAAAGUAUUCCCGGAGUCAAGAGGAAGCAGAAACUCUAAUACCUAUUACAGAUUCCAGACAUAAUCACCCGAUAGGUGCUGUGAUAGAACAAGAUGACUUGGAACAUGAAAACAGAGAAGCCAUAGAACCGGACUUAGAAGCAUCUAACAAUGAUGAAUUUCCAGUUGAAAUUGAAGAUGAGAAACCAAAAAUUUAUCCAAAUAAUAGGAUGAUCGGAAACAGAUAUAGAAUUACAAAUUCUUUAUUACCAGAUCGUUAUACCCUCAGGAAAAAUCCUAAGAUGGUCAUUGGAGAACCGUAUCCUUUACUGAAACCACCCCCAAUUCGAGGCUUAAAAGGUAGAUUUAGAACCAAAUUCGAAAACAAUCAUAGGCAGCGUGGUAACAAAUAUAAACUAUCACGUAUUGUUAAACGUGAGCCAUUGUUUGAAGACGAUAGUGAUGAUGAUGUAGAAGAAAACGUACCUAUUCAUUUACGACCAUCUAAUCUAGCUGAAGACAAAUCUGACAUCUCACAAACCUCUGAGAGUUAAUAUUUGUCUAUGAAUAAAAAAUCAAUUC